AUCCUCCCGCAGCAGUCAGGACAGCGACGGAGGCCAACAAAGCACGACUUUAACACCAAUUGGAUAGAUUUGAAAACCAAUCACGAGCGAUGGCAGCAAUCAGGAAAAAGCUGGUCAUAGUGGGAGACGGAGCCUGCGGGAAGACCUGUCUGCUCAUCGUGUUCAGUAAGGACCAGUUUCCAGAGGUCUACGUGCCCACGGUGUUUGAGAACUACGUUGCUGACAUUGAAGUGGACAGCAAACAGGUUGAGUUAGCACUCUGGGAUACAGCAGGCCAAGAAGACUAUGACAGACUGCGCCCUCUCUCCUAUCCAGACACUGAUGUCAUCCUGAUGUGCUUCUCCAUCGACAGCCCUGACAGUCUUGAGAAUAUCCCUGAGAAGUGGACUCCUGAGGUGAAACACUUCUGCCCAAAUGUUCCCAUUAUACUAGUGGGAAAUAAAAAAGACCUGCGUAACGAUGAGCACACCCGGAGGGAACUUGCCAAAAUGAAGCAGGAACCUGUGAAACCAGAGGAUGGACGGGACAUGGCCAACAGGAUCAGUGCCUUUGGAUACAUGGAGUGCUCUGCAAAAACAAAGGAUGGUGUGAGGGAAGUGUUCGAGAUGGCGACCAGGGCUGCACUACAGGCCAGGCGGGGAAAGAAGAGCAAUAAAUGUGUCCUACUGUAAACGGGGCACGAGGAACACACCCACACAAGACUGUUCUCCCCAGUUUUUACGAAAGGUGUAAUGCUUUUACCUUUUUUUGUCUUAAGCAAAAGUAGUCAGGUUCUGUCAGUAUUCAAUUUCGAGGUUAUGGAAAAUACUUUUUUUGUACUUUAACAUGAGUCAAUUUGCCAUAUUGAAACCUCCUUUAUCAACAUGUACUAUGUAAUCAAAGUGGUCAGCGAGGGGACUGGCUGUGUCAUACCUGCCAACUACAGUUAAGUGCUAAAGCCCUGCCUGCUGAUCUGAGGAAUGUUUCCACAGCCAACGAGGGUGAAGCACCUGUACACUGUGACCCGUAGUCCUUUAAUUAUUUCAGACAGACGCACACAUUAAGUCAAAAUUGUUUGUGUGCUUCCUAUAUGAAUCCUAUGUGCAUUAUGAUCACUUGCACAAUAUGAGACUGGAAACUCAUUUUGUUAAAAUGCAAAUGGAAACUUAGUGUUUUUGUGUAAUAAAUUACUUUGUAAGAA